UGUGCUGUCACAGUGGGGAAUGUCCAUUCGGACCCAUUUUUAGAUGGGGUCAUUGAAGUGCGCGACACCCUAAAAUUAACAUGGAAAACGGAUUCCCCUAUUUGGGUAGAUCAAUGGCCCCUACUGUUGGAAAAGCUUUGUGCUCUCCAAGAAUUAGUUACGGAGCAGUUAACAAAAGGGCAUAUUGCGCCUUCUACUAGUCCUUGGAAUUCACCUGUUUUUGUAAUUAAAAGACAAACUGGCAACUGGCGCCUGCUCCAUGACCUCAGAAAAAUUAAUGACGCUAUGGAAGAUAUGGGAGCUCUCCAACCAGGACUCCCGUCCCCCACUAUGAUUCCUCGAAAUUGGUAUUUGAUGGUUAUUGACCUUAAAGACUGCUUCUUUAAUAUUUCACUGCAUCCGGACGAUGCUCCUAAAUUUGCUUUUUCAGUCCCAAGCGUCAACAUGCAAGCCCUGUUGCAGAGAUACCAGUGGGUUGUGCUGCCACAAGGAAUGAAGAACAGCCCUACAAUCUGUCAAUGGUACGUGGCUAAAGUGCUUAGUCCUGUCAGGACUGCAAUGUCCAAUGUUUUAUUAUACCACUGUAUGGAUGACAUCCUGGUGGCUGCACAACAUCACGAGGUCAUGGAGGAAGCUGUAGCCCUUGUCACGGCUGCCGUUGAGUCGGCAGGCCUCUGUAUUGCGCCGGAAAAAAUUCAGAAAAUGCCACCAUGGAAAUAUUUAGGCUGGCGCGUAAGAGCUCAAACUAUAAUUCCUCAAUCUUUACAGAUAAGAACAGAUAUAAAAGACUUACAUGAUGUGCAAAAAUUACUGGGGACAAUCAAUUGGGUUCGACUACUGUUGGGGAUUUCUACUGUGGAAUGGAGUCCUGUAUGUGAAUUACUUAAAGGGGAUGCAAAUCUAAGUUCCCCCCGUAGCCUUGGCCCUGAGGCUAUUGAUUCUCUGCAGAAGGUUGCUGCAGCAAUUGCUCACCGGCAAGCACAUCGAUGGGCCCCUGAGUUGCCCUUUUACCUAAUCUUUUUAAAUCCUGCUCGACAGCCUCAUGCACUGAUGUUUCAAUGGGAUCCUCAGAAAUCAGAUCCACUAUUAAUUAUCGAGUGGGUUUUCCUGUCAAACCAACCUACAAAAACUAUCUUAACACAGCAUGAGAUGUUUUCUUUCCUGAUCAUUAAAGCUAGACAGCGUCUGUUGACGUUGUCAGGAGUCGAUUUUGUAUCCAUUUGCUUGCCUGUGACAGACGUGCAUUUACAGUGCCUUUAUCAGCAAUCAGAUGCCUUUUGCAUAGCGCUGGCAGGCUACACAGGUCACCUUACAUCUCACCCACCUCCACAUAAACCAUUAAAUAGCAAUUUCUCUCGGAUACCCAAACCAAAAAGGAGUGAUUUGCCACUACAAGCCCUCACUGUAUUUACCGAUGGAUCUGGAAACUCACAUAAAUCAGUCAUCUUGUGGUGGAAUGACCAACAGGGACGAUGGGACUCAGACAUAGAGACCAUCCCUGGUUCUCCUCAAAUAGUAGAAUUGACUGCAGUUGUUCGAGUCUUCUGA